AGGUGAGAGAGGCGGUGCUUGGAAACCCUCGGCUAUUGGCGUGAGGCGCGAUGACGUCGCUGCAGGAGUGCGCGCGCGGGGCGGAAGCACUUCGGUGUUUACAGCAGCUGGUCGCUGGCAGAGCCAGGCCGGGCUAAGGACGCCCCGGCCAGAGCGGCGAGGAGGCCGCCCUAGCGCCCAUGUGCCCCCAGCCUCCCAUGGAGGUGAUGGAGGGGCCCCUCAACUUGGCUCAUCAGCAGAGCAGAAAAGCUGACCGUUUGCUGGCAGUGGGUAAAUACGAAGAAGCAAUUUCUUGUCACAAAAAGGCAACAGCAUAUCUUUCAGAGGCUAUGAAGUUGACAGAAUCUGAUCAGGUUAACAAAAAACCACUUUCCGGGUGUGAAGCAUCCAGGCGAAAUUCAACCUUUAUCAUCUUUGAACAGGCCCAGCUAUCAUUGGAAUUACAAAGGGAGAGUCAUUUGAAACAGAUACUACUUAUCCAAGAGCGAUGGAAGAGGGCAAAGCGAGAAGAAAGGCUAAAAACUCAGCAAGCUGUAGAUAAGGAUAGUGCUGCUCACUUGCAAGUUUCUUCCAGACAGUCAGCUGAGGAAUCUGAUGACCAAAAUGUGGCACCUCCUGCCAGUCUGCGGUACAACCCCUCCCCAGAGAAGGACGUGCAAGCAAUCCAUGAUGUCUUUGAUAGGGACCCAGAUACACUACUGUUUCUGCUUCAGAAAAGAAACGAUCCACUGGAAGUAUGUGUUAGAAGCAAAACUCCAAAGGAUGACAAGACAAAAAUGGAGGAGCAAGCCACCAAAAUUACAGAGCUAGAACGGCACGUGCAAAUUCUUUUAGCUGACAAUGAGAGAUUAAGGCGAGAGAACAAACGGCUGGAAGCAGAGAAGGCCAGGCUCCUAAAAUCUCCCUUAGAAAAGGAGCUGGAUGUGGAUGCUGACUUUGUGGAGAAGUCAGAAUUGUGGGGUCUUCAGCAGCAUUCAGAAACAGCUGCUACAUCAGCCUCAACUUGGCAGAAAUUUACAACAAAUGCAGGGAAGGCCAAGGACAUUCCAAUACCCAACCUUCCUCCACUGGACAUUCCAUCCCCUGAGCUCCCUCUCUUGGAGCUCUCAGAGGAUAUACUGAAGGGACUCAUGAACAACUAAGUGGAGACCACAAUGUAUGCUCACGUGUAAUUCAGCAGAAUCCAAAAAGGGAAAGCCACCAAUACAGCUGUGAUCCAAGGGAAGAAACAACGAUACCCUUAGUUAGGGAGAAAAUGUUAGUGACUUGGUCACUGUGAAAAAUACGCACGAUAUUGAAUUGGUUGACUGAGCUUACAGUUUACCAUCGUUGGUAAACGCUAAGCUCUGUGUUCCCCCCCCCCCCCCUAAGCCAAAUGACUGAUGGGGAAACUUUCAAGUAACACCAUUAUGCAGGGUUUCUAGGCCUGUUACACAUAGCAUACCUCUCUAAUGCCAAAAAUAAUGCAAUUCCUAAGUGGUAAAGGCCAGAGGAUGACAAUUUUGGCACUAGAGGACACUUUUAAUCAUGUAUUCAAUUGGUAUUUGUUUUAAUUAUGCACAAAAUGCAUCAACAGACUGGAUGUUGCUUCUGUUCCUCUGUAAGAUGGAUCUAUGUGCCACAAUUCUGCACUCCUGACAUAAAAUGUAAUUUCAGCCAAUCAGGAGAAACAUUAAAUUCCCAUUUUUCUGAAGGAACCAAAUUGUUUAAUUUUUAUUUGUUUACAUAAUCAGGGUGCUUCAUUAAUAUGUAUUUUCUGUAUAAAACUACUAGGCAUUGUUUUGAACAAAUACACAAGGAAGAAUAAUCCUUGGUGCAUGAAUGGAAAUAAUGGUAGUUGCCAGAACUUGAUUGAAAAUAAAAUGUUUCGGGUCUGUUUUGAA